AGCCGAUUCGCAGGCGAAAUGGACACGUAAAAAGUUUUGUGAAUGUACUUAUUGCCUGACUGACCUCACAUUCAGCGUGCAAUCUCUUCCGAUUAUUGCCUGCAGCGCCAUGUGAAAAGCGGCUGUGAAUUGGUCCCUAAAACCUGGAUGACUCUGCAUUGGCCCCACUUCAAAGUUCCAUGAAUCCCAGGAAAACGUGCACCGAACCCCUCUGCACCCUUACCUGAGAGUAAGCCCAUCUGAAAGCAACAGGGCUUCCUUCUGAGUAAAUAUUGCUCGGACUGCCCUGCCAGCGUCGCAAAAAGCGUAACGCGCCAAAGCACAAAGUUCACUUUUUAUCCACUUUAACCGGGGAAUCCGGACUCCGUUGAUUCUCUCUUUCAGACAUUGAAAAAAGAGCUACGCCAGCAGCAUACUAAGAGAGGCUUGAGUUUGCGGUUCCUUCAACAGAGCGACUGUGUUCAGAGACGAUGGCCACCCACUUGUUUGAGGACAGGAUCCAUGCCGCUUUCUAUCAGAAGUACAGGUUCACACCGCAAGAAAACCUACAAAGAGCGAUCUUUUCCUACCUGGAGAAAAAGGUGAACUCCUUUCGGCUUGCAGUAGAUGUGGGCUGUGGCUCCGGACAAAGCACGCUCUUCUUGGCAAAGCAUUUUGAGAAGGUGGUCGGGAUGGACAUCAGCGCAGCUCAGAUUGAGGAGGCCAAGCGGGCUCCCCACCCUCCAAACGUCUCUUACGCCGUUUCCCCCGCCGAAGACCUCCCUUUUGAGGCUGGCUCUGUGGAUCUCAUCACGGCAUUUGCGUCCGUCCAUUGGUUCGACACGCCUCGCUUCCUGAGCGAAGUGGACCGAGUGCUCAAGCCGUCCGGCUGCGUUGUCUUCAGCUCCUACAACCAAGACAUGCGCGUGUGUUACAGGGAUCUUACGGAGAAGCUGACGCAGAUCUUCACGGAGAAUCGAGAUCAGCUUUUCAACUACGCAGAUGAGAAGGUCAAGGGUGUCCUGAACGAUUACCAAGAAGUGUUUGACGCCUUACCAUAUGCGGACAAGGAAAGGCUCACAGACAUCGUUGAUAAAGUCCCCAUGAGCAUUGCUGACCUGAUGGGGUACAUUCAGUCCCUCUCCAUGUACCAGGCUUUUCAGAAAGCCCAGCCAGAAGCAGCGAAAGCUCUCCUCCAAAACACUGAACGAAGAUUCCUGGAGACGAUGAGUGUUUCCUCGCGUAAAACCCAAGUGGAGCUGGAGAUGAGGCACGUCUGCAUUUUGGGCUGUAAGAUGUCUUAGAAGAGGAAAAAGCACACGCAUUUGACGGAAACAAUAUCAGGUCUGAGCCUUAAAAAUACCACGAAAGGAAAGGCCCCACUGGUUUCAAGAAGAAGAGAAAACCAGUAUCGCAUCCAGUCAAAGGGAAAGACUACCUUUGUCAAGCACUCCGGCCGUCCGAAGCAAGGAGAGAAGCACCCGUUUCUGGCCACUCCAUCACAGUUUUGACCUAACUUUAAACACAUUCUUCCUCCAACGCAUGGAUUUGCCAUUGCCUUCCCCUGAGGCUGAGAAUAUGGUAGAUAAAGUGGUGUCAAACUGCAUUAUUUAUUCAGUGUAGAUGUACGAAAGCUAAUGCUACAACUUGCUCAGUCUCAAAGGAGCUACAAGAUCCCUUUGCAUACUGAUGCUCCAGGUUAACACAGCUAGGUCUCUGAAUUCUUACCACUUGUAUAAUUCAGUAUAUAAUAUCAUUCAAACACGGUUUCACCUGUAUUUGUAUUUCCUUCUUGUUUUCUUUUGACUCUUGUACUUACUGGUUUUUAAUGGAAUAUAUGCUGAGUAUGGGUUUGUUUGCGAGAGAGGGACUGAAUAUAUGGGUCACUCGCUUAACUUCAAUAAAUAUCGUUGCCAAACUAAAAA